GAAAGCCACUUUCCACUCGCUGCUUUGCAAAUCGCGUAAAUAAAAAAAAAUGUUAUUCAGUUUCACUCGUGUGUAUUGAGUGAUGAACUACGCUUGCUACAUAUUAAACUUUGAUAUUAUAGAUAUAGCAUUGCUUUGGUCAUAGAUUAGUUACUGAGCCGAAGAAGCGUGGCAACCUUGGCGCAUCGUGCAAUGCAGCGGAGACCUUGCAAGUCACACGUCACAGUAACCUCGGCUCACGCUGCUCGUGCCGCCACUCUGACGUAUAUUAGCUAUCUUUACAUUAAUUCUUUGUACGUCAUACAUUGCUCUGUGAUCACGAGUAAUUAGCUGUGGCGAUAUUUAGAAGUCACAAUGUACUUAAAUUUAUUUUUCGCUGACGGUAUACGACACAGCUGAGAACCAACGUAGUUAAGAUAAAAAAAUAAGACGCGGUCACUCAAGGACGGUCGACUGCCAUCGAGUGGUAUUUCCCGUUUGAGAAGUGGCACAGUACACUAGUCACCAAUGACGUCCGCGUUGCAAUGAGGCUGAUUGCGGUAGGGAAUUGUAUCAAAUAAACGCAACGAAGGCCUGAAUGUGUAGAGGGCCUCAGUUUCCCGAGUUAUCGCAAAGGAAAAACACGCCAUACUUUAUCGUGUGUUGUGCUCGCUAUCAGCUGUUGGGACGAUGCGGUGCGCGGCCGCUAACUCGAUAAUCAUGGUGAGAAAAUACGAAAGGAUAAGCGGACGCCAAUCGUGGAGCGAAGAAGAAAUGGCGAAAGCCGUCGCUGCCGUGGUGUCAGGUAAGAUGGGAUACAAACUGGCUGCCAGAACCUUCCACAUACCACGUUCCACUCUCCAGAGACGUGCAAGUAAAGUACGCUAUCAGCAACCAGAUGAUCCUAAACCUCUAAUGGGGCAUUAUAGAAGAGUGUUCACCGACAGUCAAGAGAAAGAUCUAGUUGGAUAUAUAAAGAGUAUGGAGCAGUACUUCAUGGGUGUCACAAGAAGGGAUAUAAGGGAACUGGCAUUCCAAUACGCAGAAGAUAAUCACCUGAAUCAUCCUUUUGAUGUAAACGCAAGAAUGGCCGGAGAAGACUGGGUUCGAAACUUCUUAAAAAGAAACCCAGAAUUGCUUAACAAGCCAGAUAAGGAAUUCGAACUCGAGCCUGUUAACUUCGAUCAGUUCUAUCAUUUCAUGUGUCAAUCAUGAUGAUUUGGGCACUCUCAGCUGGCUAACUAUAAGUAAAGGCCAUGGCCCACCCGAAAGAGCCUCACUUAGUUCCAAAACGUGAAACGUUAGCUUAAUAUCGUAAUUAUUGUACUCUAUGUAAUAUUGUUUACUUUCCUGAUGACCUUAAAGCGAGGCAAUCUGAUUUCCUUGUGAUUAAUGCUAAAGAUACAUUGCUAGGGAAUGUGAACGGUGAUUGUAUAAAUUUAAAAUGGGAUAAAAUUUGGUAAUUUUAUAAAUGUUUUAAACUCGAUUAGGUAAUAAGAGCAAAGCUAAUUAAAUGACGGAAAAAAUUACGUACGUUUAAUGCCAUUUUAGUUAUGUGCUUGGGUACUUAGUCUAAUUGUAACUAAUAUUUGAAUUAUAUUUUAUAGUUUAAAUUAUGUUAUUUAAUAAUAAUAGCAAAAUUACGGGCUGUGAUAAGGAGAAAUAGUAUUUAUGGGAACAUAUCAUCGAUUGAUGUGUAGGCAAUUUUUGUAGCGCUAAGCAAAUAUAUUAAAGUAACAAUAUAAAUUAUUGCAUUUUAAAAUAUUCUAGAUUUGAUAAUUAUAAAAAAAUAUUUGAUAUUGUCUUAAAUAUAAUUCGUACAUGUCUUGACUAACAAAAGUUAUUUUGUUCUGUAAAAAAGUGUUUAAAAAUUGUUUCCUGGCCGUUUCAUUUGUUUUAAGUGUUGUUUUGGUUUUAUAAUAUAAUAAUUGUGAUAUAAGAAAAACUUAUAUAGUCGUUUUAAUAGGCUAAACAUUUUGUAUAUUAGAAACGUUUUUGUAUCUUUCUAAUUGCCUAUUUCUCUAAACGAGGUUGAUUCCUAGAUUUUCCGUAAGUCCGUAAGUACAGUACGUAUAUUCUGUUCUUAAUUUUACUUAUUUUCUUUUGUGUACAUAUCGAUGUUGUAUCACACAUUAGUUUCUUCCCGAUUCUCUAUAUAUUAUAGAUUAUACUCGUAUUCAAAAUACUAUUUUUUUUGUUUUUCGGUUAGGAUGUUUUAUAUAUACAAUUUGUCCUAGAAUCAACUUCGUUUUAUAUUACCAAAAUUUAAAAAUUCACCCGACAAUGUUACCUGAUUUAAGUUUUGAUCUCUUAAAUUUAGUUUUAGUAAAAAUAUAUUUAUUUAUAAAAUCGGUAACGGAAAUUAGCUACCAUGGAAUACUGUUGUAUGCCAAACUAUGUUAUUAAUUUUAAAAACAAUUUUAUCGAGUACUUAAGUUUCAAUUCAAUUAAAGUUUUUAAAU